GUUUGUCUGGCUUUCUUCACAGUGUUUUAUCCCCUCUGACUCUCACCCUAAAGUUGUUGGCUUUGGCGUAUUUUUCAGCACUGGUCCAAGUACUGCUCCCUAAGCAAUGGGUUUGGGAAUAUGGUCAUAGGGUAGAACCAGCUUGCAGGAACAUCUUAUUCCUGUAUAAGAUGCAAACAGAAGAAUGCACAGAUCUUAAGCGUACAGCUUUCAGCAGUUUUACAAACUGAACACAGCCUUGCAACUGGCAUCCAGUUCAAGAAGUAGAACAUUUCCAUCGCCCAGAAGCUCCCUUCCAAUCACCACUCCUGUAAGGGUGACCAUUAUUCUGACCGGAACGUCGUAGGUUUGUUUGCCUGAAUAAACCAGAUCGUAAGCGAUAAUAUCAGAGAAAGCCAAAUUAACAGCCCAACAGUCACCAAAAUUACUGGCCACAGUCCCAGUGCAUGCAAACAACGUGGGGCUUUUCAAGACACAGACAAAGGAGCAUGCAGCCAGGGCUUCUUAUUUUAUGAAAGGGACGUGUUCCUGAAUAUCUCACGUAAUGUAAACUCUCCUAACUCAGGUCUAGUUUUCUCACUGAAAUAACUGUAACCUAGGAUUCCCGGGACUUCACAUUUGGUCCUAAAGCGAGACUUAUUAACGUCUUUAACAUCGCCCAGUUUCUAAUUUAGCAUAAUUCCAGUCCAGACACUCCUCUCUGAACACAACACUCCCUGAACUCUCCAUGGGGCUAUGAGGGACCACUUUUAGCAUUUCUGGGACCCCAGGUCCCAGCUAUGGUGACGGGAUGGGACCCUGGUUCUGGGGGCAGCACACAGGUCCUGGAGUCCGGCGGCCCACAUCCCAGUCCUCCCUCCGCUGUCCCUUGCAGUGUGACCCUGCGUAAGCUCUUACCAUUCAGGGUCUCGGUUUCCUCAUCUGCGAAUUGAAUAGGGAUGUGCUCGGGGGGCUAAUGAGAGGAGGUAAUGAAGGAAAAGCACACAGGAAUCACUGGAGGUUUGUUGGCACCACUCCCGGCUGAGUGGGAAAAGCCUGUCCUCCUGCCUCUCCCCGCACCGCCCCCUACGCAGCUGGGAGGACUUUACUCCCGCGGAGAGCAAAGCCAUUCAGCCCCAGGCUGGGGAGUCUGGCGGCUGAGCCCCAAGGAAGUCGGGCCCAGGCUCAGAUGCCAGGGUCACAGGCCUGGAUUGGGCAAGAGCAGAGAUCGGCCCCUCUGAUCCCGGUCAGGGAUAUUUGGAGACACCACCAAUUCUGGGAAAUUCAGAGGCAGGAAGUGAAAGGGGGGAGGGGCAGAGGGGAAAAGGCAAACUGCACCCUGGCCCCUCCUGGCCUGGCCCCCUCCCAAACGGUGCCAUGAGUGAGGUGACUGCAUUCAAGGAAUGGGGACAGACCGGGGAGACUCCCCAUCCCUGGGAAGAAAAGAAGAGGCAACCCAUCCCCCGCUCCCAGCCCCACACCCCCAGAGUUCCAAAUCCAGUUCUACCACUGUUUACGUCCAAAGUCCCGGGCACUGGAGAUGCCAGGUUUGGUGUGUUUGGACACAUAGACACGCAAACGCACAGACAGGCAGACGCAUAGGGCUCAGGGCCCUCAUAUGGACCCUGCCCCCUCUUCUCCCACCAUCCAGGGCUGUCUGCGCACCCUAAUCCUCCAGGCUUCAGCCCGUUUCUUGGCCUGGGAUCUGCGCAGCACCGAGGGACCCAGGAGUCAACCUUGAGACCUUCAGCAACCUCAGCCCGAACCCCAGCCUUGACCGGUCCCAGGUCCAGCCAGCCCUACCAUGACAAAGGAGUAUCAAGAUCUUCAGCAUCUGGACAACGAGGAGAAUGACCAUCAGCACAGAAAAAGGCCGCCUCCUCCCCACUCACUCUUUCGGCGUCUCUGCUCCGGACCCAGCCUCAUCCUGAUCUCCAUCGGCCUUAGCCUCCUGCUGCUGGUGGUUGUCUGUGUGAUCGGAUCCCAGAACUCCAAGCUGCAGGAGGAGCUGCGGGCGCUGAGAGAAACGUUCAGCAACCUCACAGUGAGCACGGAGGCCAAGGUCAAGGCCCUGAGCGUCCAGGGAGGAAAUGUGGGCAGAAAGAUGAAGUCCCUGGAGUCCCAACUGGAGAAACAGCAGCAGGACCUGAGUGAAGAUCACUCCAGCUUGCUGCUCCACGUGAAGCAGUUUGUGUCUGACCUGCGAAGCCUGAGCUGUCAGAUGGCCGUCCUCCAGGGCAACGGCUCUGAAAGGACCUGCUGCCCCGUGAACUGGGUGGACUACGAAGGCAGCUGCUACUGGUUCUCUCGCUCGGGGAAGCCCUGGCCCGAGGCUGAGAAGUACUGCCAGCUGGAGGACGCCCACCUGGUGGUGGUGGGCUCCUGGGAGGAGCAGAAAUUUAUCCAGCACCACGUGGGCCCUGUGAACACCUGGAUGGGCCUCACUGACCAAAACGGGCCCUGGAAAUGGGUGGACGGGACGGAGUAUGAGUCGGGCUUCAAGAACUGGAGACCAGAGCAGCCGGAUGACUGGUAUGGGCACGGGCUCGGAGGAGGUGAGGACUGUGCCCACUUCACGGACGACGGCCGCUGGAACGACGACGUCUGUCAGAGGCCCUACCGGUGGGUCUGCGAGACACAGCGGGACAGGGACAGCGACAGCUAGCAGCCUCCUCUCCCCCUAAUUUAUUUCCUCAAUGCCUUUACCUGCCAUAGGGCUCCUGGUUUGGGGACCCUCCUAUCUGGGGGCUUCUGGAUCUUCAUCUAAGAUUUGAAGGGAAGGGUGGUGUCUGAGGAAUGUAGACUGAUGUUUGGAGGGGCGAAGAGAUUGAAACCCAUGCCACUUUCUGUGGUUUGCAGGUUAUUAUUGUCAACUUUUUGUUAGAGUAAAAAGAAGAGAAAUAUA